CUUGUUGUAUGCGGACGCUUGUGGGAGGCCCAAUCAUGGCAAUAACCGCCGGGCGGAGGCUGACAGCCUGUUGUGUGCUGCAAUAACAGAGCCUCGACUCAGCGACCAACGCCGGCCCUUCAUUUCUGGAACACGAGCAGCCAGAGCAGCCAUUCACCAUCAACCUGCCCAUCUGGUCUUAGCACUAGCUACACACGGCCAAUAAGACGCCAGUCAAGAGCCAGCCCCGGCGGGUCCACUUGGUUCCUGCAUUAGAUCCACAAUCGCCAGGCCACUCGCAGCGCUGACAUGGCCUCUGCCCCUGUCGCCCGCCUUGUAUCCCCCUUUCGAUUGCCACUGGUGUGCGGUCCGCGCUACCGUGCUAGUAAUCUCCCUCCGUACAUAAGAUGGCAGACUGCUCAGAGUGCUACUUUCCUCCCCACUUCACAGCCAACCUUUCGAGCAACAAGUCCUUUGACCUUCGGUCGUCCAUUCGUUGUUACCAACCACUACUAUCAUUAA